CGCCCCCCGUCCCUCCAGAAAAAAAUAAACAUGGAGCUGCCGGCGGUGGGAGAGCAUGUCUUCGCCGUGGAAAGCAUCGAAAAGAAACGCAUUCGGAAGGGCCGAGUGGAGUACCUCGUCAAAUGGAGAGGAUGGUCCUCCAAAUACAACACGUGGGAGCCAGAGGAAAACAUCCUGGAUCCAAGGCUACUAAUCGCCUUUCAAAACAGGGAGAGGCAGGAGCAACUUAUGGGAUACCGCAAACGAGGACCAAAACCAAAGCCACUGGUAGUUCAGUUGCCGUCUUUUGCACGCCGCUCUAACAUCCUCACUGGCCUCCAGGACCCUGCCAUGGAGAACAGGCCCAAGCUGGACCUUGGCAGCUCUGGCAAAAGCCAGCAGCAUCAGUACGAACUCAACAGCAAGAAGCACCACCAGUACCAGCCGAACAGCAAGGAGAGCAACAUCAAACACCAGUCUCACAGCAAAGGGAAGUACUACUACCAGCUGAACAGCAAGAAGCACCAUCACUAUCAGCCUGAUCCCAAGAUGUACGAGGCCCACUACCAGCCAGGCAGCAAGGAGCCACAGCAGGGACAGGCCUGCAUGGACCACAGCAAAAGCCCGUUGAUGUCCCAGUCAGACAAAUGGUCCCACGACUCAGCGAAAAGGUUGCUGAACCCAGUUAAGAAUCUGGGUGGCAUAGAAGGAAAGAAUGGGUCAGAGAAGAACCUCUCCAGCGGCACAGGGCCACCGCCGCCACCUACCCGGGACGGUGUGGCCAGCAAUGGUAUUGGUGGCAAAAUGAAGAUAGUUAAGAACAAAAACAAGAACGGCCGCAUUGUGAUUGUCAUGAGCAAAUACAUGGAGAACGGCAUGCAGGCCGUGAAGAUCAAGUCUGGAGAGCCACCCAAGAAGCGGGUGGCUGAGGACAGGACUAAGAAAGGGUCUGAGGAUAGGCAGGAGUCGUGGAAAAAGCCUGGGGAGGAGAGAUGGCUGGGCAGUGACCCCAAAGGAAAAUCUGGGGCUGAGGCAAGUCAGGUUCCGACCGAGCUUGGAAGCAGCCCCGCAAAGACGUCUGUCCCAGGCAAAGUCUUGCCCAUUCCCGAGCAUCAGCCUCUGCAGCUCACCACCAGGCCCGACCGAGGCCCGUGGUCCCUGGAUUCCAACCAGCAGGAGCACGGUCCUGCCGCCAUGGGACUGAGCCUCUCGCCCAGCUGUGGGGGCCUCCGGAAGCGCUGCCUCUCCGAGCCCCAUGGGGACAAGGAGAGUGUGAAGAAGCGCCUCACUUCCAGGAGCAUCAGUGCCCCCACCUGCCUGAGCCCUCCCACCCCAGAGAGGCCUGAACCCCCCGCUACCCUCCCCGUCUCCCAGCCUGAGGUCAUCCUCCUAGACUCGGACUUGGAUGAGCCCAUAGACUUGCGGUGCGUCAGGGCUCGGGGAGAUGGCGAGCCUGGCCUGGUGCAAGUUAAGUCGGAGACUGUGCCGGCACCAGCGGACAAACCGGCGUCUGAGCCUCUGAAGCAGGUGGAACGCUUUGAGGUGGAGGCCGAGGAAGAAGAGGAGGAACCCCUGCAGGAAUUCAAACCUUUCUUUGGGAAUAUAAUAAUUACAGAUGUGACAGCGAACUGCCUGACUGUGACCUUUAAGGAAUAUGUCACAGUGUGAGGAGGCUCUAAGGCA